ACUACAUGAAGAAAAAUAAGAAGAUUAAUGGAACAUAAUGAAAUGUUGCACGUCAAUUUGUCAAUUUUGGGUUUUGGGUAGAGCAGUGGGUUAUAUUUACUAAUAUUUAAUACUAUCGCACUUUCCCAAUAUACAACUAUAAACAUUCUUUGCUUUUGAUUAUAACUACUCGAUCAGCAACAUAUUGUAUAGACGUUGGAUUCAUAUACUUCAAUAUGUAUGAACAAGAUGAUGAUCAAUUCGAAGAUGAAGACUCCGAAGAAAUCAGUGCAGAACUUUGGCAAGAAGCCUGUUGGAUUGUCAUCAACGCCUAUUUUGAUGAAAAGGGCUUGGUACGUCAACAACUCGACAGUUUCGAUGAAUUCAUACAAAUGUCCGUCCAGAGAAUAGUCGAAGACUCCCCUCAAAUCGACCUCCAGGCAGAGGCCCAGCACAUAGCAGGAGAAAUUGAAAACCCACCCAGAUUUUUGUUGAAGUUUGAACAGAUUUACCUGUCAAAGCCCACUCAUUGGGAGAAAGAUGGGGCCCCCUCUCCUAUGAUGCCUAACGAGGCCCGACUGAGGAAUCUCACAUAUUCAGCUCCGCUGUACGUCGAUAUAACCAAGACUAUUGUUAAGGACGGGGAGGAUCCUAUCGAAACCCAGCAUCAAAAGACGUUCAUUGGUAAAAUCCCGAUUAUGUUGCGUUCAACAUACUGCUUGCUCAGUGGCUUGACAGAUCGAGAUCUGACGGAGUUGAACGAGUGUCCUCUAGACCCGGGGGGAUAUUUCAUUAUAAACGGAUCAGAAAAGGUACUGAUUGCCCAAGAAAAGAUGGCGACGAAUACCGUGUAUGUAUUUUCCAUGAAAGACGGCAAGUAUGCUUACAAAUCAGAAAUCCGGUCUUGCUUGGAACACAGUUCGAGACCUACUUCUACUUUAUGGGUCAACAUGAUGGCCAGAGGGGGCCAAGCUAUCAAAAAGGCACAUGAAUUAAACUCAACUUCAUUUUGUUCAAACUUGCAUUUGCUGUAAUAACCCAAUUUAAGGAACAUUCCCCAUUUUGUAACACAGGCGGAAGAACCUCAGUCGAUAGCUAUUUGAGCAGAUUUGGAUUUAGUUCGGUAAACUAUAAUUACUAUUAUUAUUUUACAUUCCAACUUUUUCUUUUUUUGUCUCUACUUCCGUGGUUGUGACACUUUGUAUAACAUUAUGUAAUUGCUUUCAAUGGAAAUAAAAUGUCUGAAAAAUCUUGAUCAGACCAAUAUAAGAUUAAGUUUUAGGAUGAUAUUUCCUUUUGUCUCUUCUCCUUGAAAGUUAAUUUUUUUUUUCAGUUACAUGGUGCAUAGACUGCUCUUGGCGGCGUUAGGUCGUAGGGAACUGGACGACAGAGAUCACUACGGUAACAAAAGAUUGGAUUUGGCCGGACCGUUAUUGGCUUUCCUUUUCAGAGGUUUGUUCAAGAAUUUAAUGAAGGAAGUCCGAAUGUAUGCCCAGAAGUUCAUCGAUAAAGGAAAAGACUUCAAUUUGGAUCUGGCUAUAAAGACAAAAUUGAUAACGGACGGUCUCAGAUAUUCACUUGCCACAGGGAAUUGGGGUGACCAAAAGAAGGCUCAUCAAGCUAGAGCAGGAGUAUCUCAGAUUUUAAACAGACAGACAGACAGCUCAACACUGGGCCUGCUCUUCUUUUUGAAUCCUUGAAUUAAUCAAUGGUACUGACGUACUUGGAAAAUUGUGUAACUCAAAUAAGCUUUCUUUCAAUGUCCACGUCAGUUGCACAACACCCUGUGGGGCAUGAUUUGCCCUGCAGAAACGCCAGAGGGAGCUGCCGUCGGUCUCGUCAAGAAUCUCGCCCUGAUGGCUUACAUCUCUGUCGGAUCCCAACCGUCCCCCAUUUUGGAGUUCUUGGAGGAAUGGUCGAUGGAGAACUUGGAAGAAAUAGCUCCUUCAGCCAUCGCAAAUGCUACGAAGAUCUUCGUUAACGGAUGUUGGGUUGGAAUCCAUAGAGACCCGGAACAGCUUAUGGCGACCCUCCGUAAACUUCGACGUCAGAUGGACAUCAUAGUCUCUGAGGUAUCGAUGAUAAGAGACAUCCGUGACAGAGAAAUCAGGAUCUACACAGACGCCGGAAGAAUUUGUAGGCCUCUGCUGAUUGUAGAGAACGGUCAGCUGUUGCUAAAAAAGAGACACGUCGACAUGUUGAAAGAAAGGGAAUACAAUAACUACGGUUGGCAGGUGUUGGUUGCUUCUGGUGUGGUGGAAUACAUCGACACUCUUGAAGAAGAAACUGUCAUGAUUGCAAUGAAUCCUGAGGAUCUUCGGCAGGACAAAGAAUAUGCUUAUUGUACGACCUACACCCACUGCGAAAUCCACCCGGCCAUGAUCUUGGGCGUUUGCGCGUCUAUUAUACCUUUCCCCGAUCAUAACCAGAGCCCAAGGAACACCUACCAGAGCGCUAUGGGUAAGCAAGCUAUGGGAGUCUACAUUACGAAUUUCCACGUGCGGAUGGACACCCUGGCUCACGUGCUAUACUACCCGCACAAGCCUCUGGUCACUACCAGGUCUAUGGAGUAUCUGCGGUUCAGAGAGUUACCAGCCGGGAUCAACAGUAUAGUUGCUAUUGCUUGUUAUACUGGUUAUAAUCAAGAAGAUUCUGUUAUUCUGAACGCGUCUGCUGUGGAAAGAGGAUUUUUCCGAUCCGUGUUUUACCGUUCCUAUAAAGACGCCGAAUCGAAGCGAAUUGGCGACCAGGAGGAACAGUUCGAGAAGCCAACCAGGCAAACCUGUCAAGGAAUGAGGAACGCCCUUUACGACAAACUGGAUGAUGAUGGUAUAAUUUCCCCCGGUAUUCGUGUGUCAGGAGACGAUGUGAUCAUCGGGAAGACCAUGACUUUACCAGAAAACGACGAUGAAUUGGACGGAACCACUAAACGGUACACUAAAAGAGACGCUUCGACGUUCCUGCGUAACAGCGAAACUGGUUCAGUGGAUCAGGUGAUGUUGACGUUGAACUCUGAAGGGUACAAGUUUUGUAAAAUCAGGGUGAGGUCCGUACGUAUUCCGCAAAUUGGAGACAAGUUUGCUUCCAGACACGGGCAGAAGGGUACUUGCGGAAUCCAGUAUCGUCAAGAGGACAUGAUCUUCAGUGCCGAGGGCAUCACCCCCGACAUCAUCAUCAACCCCCACGCCAUCCCCUCCCGUAUGACAAUUGGUCACUUGAUCGAGUGCAUUCAGGGCAAGGUGUCCUCUAACAAGGGUGAAAUCGGCGAUGCCACUCCCUUCAACGACGCCGUGAAUGUGCAGAAAAUCUCCACCCUCCUCCAAGAGUAUGGCUACCAACUUAGAGGCAAUGAAGUCAUGUACAAUGGCCACACGGGCCGCAAAAUCAAUGCGCAGAUUUUCUUGGGGCCCACCUACUACCAGCGUCUGAAGCACAUGGUGGACGAUAAGAUCCACUCUAGAGCCCGUGGCCCCGUGCAAAUCCUAGUUAGACAGCCUAUGGAGGGGCGUGCUAGGGACGGGGGGUUGCGUUUCGGAGAGAUGGAGCGUGAUUGCCAGAUUUCUCACGGCGCUGCACAAUUCUUGAGGGAGAGGCUCUUCGAGGUCUCAGACCCCUACAGAAUACACGUGUGCAACUUCUGCGGGCUGAUAGCCAUCGCGAAUAUGAGGAAUAACACUUUCGAGUGCAAGGGCUGCAAAAACAAGACGCAGAUUUCGCAGGUCAGGCUACCGUAUGCGGCCAAGUUGCUCUUCCAGGAGCUGAUGUCGAUGAAUAUCGCCCCAAGGCUGAUGGUUUUGUAAGGUUCUGAGUGGUUGGGGUUAGGUAUUGUUUUUGUAUGACAUGCUAAGAUAAUAAAGUAUUUUAAGUA